AUGCCUAAAAAGGGUCUCAAAUGGGAUGAAGAUUUGUUCAUUGUUUUGAUCGAUAGCUAUGGAAAAGCCGGAAUUGUUCAAGAAAGCGUGAAGAUUUUCAGGAGCAUGGAGGAAUUAGGCGUACCAAGAACUAUAAAAUCAUACGACACUUUAUUCAAGGUGAUAAUGAGAAGAGGAAGAUAUAUGAUGGCGAAAAGGUACUUCAAUAAAAUGUUAGCAGAAAGCAUAAUCCCUUCAAGACACACUUAUAAUCUCAUGAUUUGGGGGUUUUUCCUUUCUUCAAGAGUUGAAACUGCAAACAGAUUCUUUGAAGACAUGAAAACCCGUGAAAUUUCCCCAGAUGUUGUCACUUACAACACAAUGAUCAACGGGUUUAAUCGUGUCAAAAAGAUCGAAGAAUCCGAAAAAUUCUUCAUGGAAAUGAAAGCAAGAAACAUCGAACCAACUGUAAUCAGCUACACCACCAUGAUCAAAGGGGUAUGUUACAGCUAA